AUGAUAGCAAUCUCUGCCAUCAGCAGUGCACUCCUGCUCUCCCUUCUCUGUGAAGCAAGUGCCGUCAUCUUACUCAAUUCCACUGACUCAUCCCCGCCAACCAAUAAUUUCACUGAUAUUGAAGCAGCUCUAAAAGCACAACUAGAUUCUGCGGACAUCCCCAAAGCCAGGCGGAAGCGCUACAUUUCGCAGAAUGACAUGAUCGCCAUUCUUGAUUAUCAUAACCAAGUUCGGGGCAAAGUGUUCCCACCAGCAGCAAACAUGGAAUAUAUGGUCUGGGAUGAAAAUCUUGCAAAAUCUGCAGAGGCUUGGGCAGCUACUUGCAUUUGGGACCAUGGGCCUUCUUACUUAUUGAGAUUUUUGGGUCAAAAUCUAUCUGUACGAACGGGAAGAUAUCGCUCUAUUCUCCAGUUGGUCAAGCCAUGGUAUGAUGAAGUGAAAGAUUAUGCUUUUCCGUAUCCCCAGGAUUGCAAUCCCAGAUGUCCUAUGAGAUGUUUUGGCCCCAUGUGCACACAUUAUACACAGAUGGUUUGGGCCACUUCCAAUCGAAUAGGAUGUGCAAUUCAUACUUGUCAAAACAUGAAUGUUUGGGGAGCUGUAUGGCGCCGUGCAGUUUAUUUGGUAUGCAACUAUGCCCCAAAGGGCAACUGGAUUGGAGAAGCACCAUAUAAAGUAGGGGUACCAUGUUCAGCUUGCCCUCCCAGUUACGGGGGGUCUUGUACUGACAAUCUUUGUUUUGCAGGAGUAACGUCAAACUACCUAUACUGGUUUAAAUAA